CGGGUUCCGGACCCACCAAUCCGAAUUUAUGAAAGGGCCACGUCCCGGAGCGAGCCCCCGGCGAGCAAGGGAACUGCGAGCCAGAAGGGACGAAAAGCCUGGGAAGCGCGGGGAGAGCGGAUAAAACCCUGAGGCCCUGGGAGAAAAGGAGGCCUGACCAGAGCCUGAGGCCUCUUGGUCAUGGGAGUCAGGACUUACGCUGCUGGGGCCUGAGUCGCCUAUCAGGCCUCCCGGGACCGUGCACGGUCAGAUAGCGCUGGGCGUGGCCCCUAUCUGUUCUCCCCCGACUGCAGCGUGGGGGUGGGGCUUCCGGAACCCUGAGAGCCCCCGAGCCUCUCCUCCCCCAGACUUCCCUCAUUCAGUCUCCGGCCUCCCUCGGUGAGUCUAGGGCUGCGGGCUCCCAGAGGCGGCAUAGGCUCUGCCUCAGUUUCUCCUCCUCCCACACAUCCUCUGGCUAGGAGGCGUCCGGUGGCGAAGGGGCUGGCACACGCUGCCGGCUGCCUCAAUUUCCCCCUCAGCGGGGAGGAGGGGGCCGACUGGUGUAGGACCGGCGCACGCUGCGGCCAGAAGGCCCCACGUGCUGCCAGCUACGUGCCCCUGGCCUCGGGUCGGAGAGCAGCUGAGCCCCCUCUGCAAGGCAGUCUCUCCCCGCCCUCCCGCAGGCUCCCCGAUGUCCCGGACCGUGGUGGUGCUGGGCGGCGGCAUUAGCGGCUUGGCCGCCUGUUACCACCUGAGCCGGGCCCCUCGGUCUCCCAAGGUGGUCCUGAUCGAAGCUAGUCAACGUCUUGGGGGCUGGAUUCGUUCAGUCCGACGGGAGGAUGGAGCUGUCUUUGAACUUGGACCCCGAGGAAUUCGUCCUGCGGGAGAAUUAGGAGCCAGGACCUUGCUCAUGGUCUCAGAGCUUGGCUUGGACUCUGCAAUUUUGCCUGUUCCUGGGAACCAUCCUGCUGCUCAAAACCGCUUCCUGUAUGUGGGGGGAGCCCUGCACCCUCUGCCUACUGGCCUUAGGGGCUUGUUCUUUCCAGCCCCUCCUUUUUCCAAGCCCCUAUUCUGGGCUGGGCUUCGGGAGCUGAUUACUCCUCGGGGCCUGGAACCUGAUGAGACUGUGCACAGCUUUGCAGAGAGGCGCCUGGGAUCUGAGGUGGCCUCUAUCGCUAUGGACAGUCUUUGCCGAGGAGUAUUUGCAGGUGAUAGUCGAGUUCUCAGUGUCCGCUCCUGCUUCCCCAGUCUCUUUAAGGCUGAGCAGACUCAUCGGUCCAUGCUGCUUGGGUUGUUGCUGGGGUCAGGGCAGAGCCUCCUCCUAGAUUCACCUCUGAUUAGUCAGGCCAGAGCUGAGCGCUGGAGCCAGUGGUCACUUCGGGGAGGGCUGGAGACACUGCCCCAGGCUUUGGGCGCCCACCUGAUAAGUCAAGGAGUUACCAUUCUGAAGGGUCAGCCGGUCUGUGGGCUCAACUUCCAUUUGGGUAAAUGGCAGGUGUCUCUGGGAGAUAGCAGCCUGGAGGCCGAUCACGUCAUUAGUGCUAUCCCUGCUACAGUGCUAAGCAAGCUGCUUCCCUCUGAGGCAGCACCUCUGGCCCAGGCCCUGGCCCCAAUUCGAGCAGUAUCUGUGGCUGUGGUGAAUUUGCAGUAUCUGGGGGCUCACCUGCCUGUCCAGGGUUUUGGACACCUGGUACCAUCUUCUGAAGACCCUGGUGUCCUGGGAAUUGUAUAUGACUCUGUUGCCUUCCCUGAACAAGAUGGGACCCCUUCCAGCCUUAGAGUGACAGUGAUGCUGGGGGGCUCUUGGCUGCAAGCACUGGAGGAUGGAGGGCAAACAUUACCUCAGGAGUUAUUCCAACAACAAGCCCAGGAAGCAGUUGCCACACAAUUGGGCCUAAAAAAGUCACCGAGUCAAAGCCUGGUUAGCCUACACAAGAGCUGUAUCCCUCAAUAUACUUUGGGCCACUGGCAGAGACUAGAGGCAGCUGCUCAGUUUCUGGCUAAUCAUCAACUGCCCCUGACUCUAGCAGGAGCAUCUUAUGAAGGUGUUUCAGUCAAUGACUGUAUUGAGAGUGGCCGCCGGGCUUCGGCUCAUGUCUUGAAGGAAUUUUGACCUUUGAGCCUUUUCUCUUAUCCCUGCAGGCCAGGGGGCUCCAGUCAAGACUAAUAAAAUUGCUCCAGUUGGACAGUA